UAUAAUCCGGCUUCGACGGAGUUGCGCGUGUAUACCUAGCCGAGUAAAUUAGCAUCGCUCUUCCCUUGAUGGAAACAAGUUCAUCAAAUUCCUGAUACAUGAAUCGCCAAAUUUUGAUGUUAUAAUGCUGGUCCAUGCUUUAAUCACAAAUUACAAAUCGAUGUUAAACGUGAAAAAGAAAAAUAAGACGGAUCUGUUUUAGGCGUCGAUGUCUUUGAUGGAUAUCCGAGCAAUGCCAGACAACACCAUUUUCAGCUAUUGGAAGGUAACUUUGGGUACCCUUUUGUCAGUUUUUCAGUUUUGGCAAUGCCCAAAUUCAGCAAAUGCAGAUUUAUUAUCAUAUAUUUGUUUCUCUCGCAAUUAAGGGUUUUAGAAAAUUGAGAUUCCGGAAGGCAGCUGUAGAAUGUGUUCCCAUAUAAUUUGGCGUUCUGUAUACAUAACUUGGUUUUUCUUGUAAUAACGGCGAGGUGCAAGUUUCAGACAUGUCAACAUUGAUAUUUUAGCAGUACGCCUAUUUUCACCGAAUAGGUUUCGGGGGAAUGGGCCUUAAACGGGUAUGAUUAUCAAUUGAGGAGGUUACAAAUUACAAUUUUUUUUCUUGAAGUGGGAAAAUGGGAAUACCUGGAUUGGGUAAAAUGGGCAAUCAGUUCCGUAUAUUGCUUAACCUGGGGUUUAUUUUUCUUUUGUUUGUCUCUCUGUUGGAUCGUGUAAAUAUUUUAAAAUCCCCCCCUUACCUCAGUGGAUUUUCUCCAAGAGCUUCUUAUCGGUGGAGUUUGGCACAGUUUGAACCUGAAUUUCGGUCAAAAAGACCAGACAAUUCGGUGUUUCUUAUAAAAAAUAUAACUUUGGCUGAGGCUGGAGAUGCAAGUUUAGGAGAAGACCAUCAUCAAUUCUCAAGAAUACAGACUAGUAAUAUUUUGGGAGCUCCUAUGGGGAAUCUCUCAGUAAAGCGUCAGAGUUUCAGGAGAACACUUGUGGAAAACUCAACAAAAGCAGGCAUUAUAGGGGUCGGAGAAUCGGACGGUGUUGACAGCCUUUCUUCCUGUGCGGGAUUGGAAAAACACGUUGGGUAUGCGAAUCGGUGUGAAUUUAUCAAAGCCCACAAGCAAUGCACUUGUGGAGGAGUUAUUGAGUACACAACAUUCUUCUACUGCACGUGCAAGAACUGGCCACUGUUUGGCUAUGCUGUCUUAGGUCUUUGGUUGGUGGCACUAUUCUAUAUGCUGGGCAAUACAGCAGCAGAUUACUUUUGUUGUUCUUUAGAGAAGUUGUCUAAACUCCUGAAACUGCCUCCGACAGUUGCUGGAGUGACUCUUCUUCCUCUAGGUAAUGGAGCCCCUGAUGUGUUUGCAAGUAUUGCUGCUUUCGUUGGAGCUGAUGCUGGUGAAGUGGGACUUAAUAGUGUUUUAGGAGGUGCUAUUUUUGUUACCUGCAUUGUGGCUGGAUCAGUUGCUUUAUUUGUUGCAGGUUCAAAUGUACAGAUUGAUCGCCGAUGUUUUGUGCGUGAUGUGUGCUUCUUUCUCUUCACGCUUACUUCUCUUUGUCUUAUUCUAAUUGUUGGAAAAGUUAACUUGUGGGGAGCAAUAGCAUUCCUGUCAAUAUAUGUUAUGUAUGCAUGCACCGUUGCGGCAAAUGAAUUUUCAAAGAAGAAAGCGCAAACAUUGAAGAGGAGUUCAAUGACACCUAUGCAUCCUGUUCUUGGAAGUAGUUUUUCUCUUGGCGCCGAAGAUGAAGAUGAUUCCAUGUAUAGUCCUCUCUUGGAUUUAGAGUCAACUACAGGUUUUGCUGCUGGUCAUGCCCUUAUUGAGACUACGUUGCCUCAGUGGAUGUGGGCUUCAAAUGUUGCUAUUUACUCAAACGUGACAACGGCAAAAACAGCAGAGGAUACCAGGCCUUUGUGGGGUUGGAGUGAGGACAGUGAAAAUAAUCAGUCAAGGUGUUCAUUACUUCGCCUUUUAAUGUGUCUUGUGAAUUGGCCAUUGACAUUGCCAAGGCGAGUGACCAUCCCAAUUGUUGAGAAUGACCGAUGGUCAAAAACUUUUGCAGUUGUAAGUGUGAUACUGGCGCCAAUCCUGUUGUCUCUGUUGUGGAAUGCACAGGAAACCAAGCCCUUUGGUAUUGGUAAACUAGCAUAUGCUGCUGCAGGAAUUUCGGGUGCUAUAUUUGGAAGCUUAGCAUAUUUUAGAACAAACGCAGAUCACCCUCCUCGUACAUUCUUGUUUCCCUGGGUUGCAGGAGGUUUUAUUAUGAGCAUAGUGUGGUUUUACAUCAUUGCAAAUGAGCUGGUGGCUUUGUUAGUUUCCUUUGGUGUAAUUUUUGAAAUAAAUCCAUCAAUCCUAGGCUUGACUGUGUUGGCCUGGGGUAAUUCUAUGGGUGAUUUGAUGUCUAAUAUUGCUUUGGCAUUGAACGGAGGUGAUGGAGUACAAAUUGCUUUGUCAGGAUGCUAUGCAGGUCCCAUGUUUAAUACACUAGCUGGAUUAGGAAUUUCUUUGUUGCUGGGAUCCUGGUCUGCACAACCUGCCGCUUAUUUACUUCCAAAAGAUACCAGCUUGUUUUACACCCUAGGUUUUCUUGUAGCCGGGCUUGUGUUUGCUCUAAUUGUGCUGCCAAUGAAUGAUAUGCGGCCAAGCAAGUUGUUAGGGAUUGGACUUUUAACUCUAUACUCUUCCUUCCUUAUACUCAGACUGAGCAACGCUCUUGGGCUUUUCACUAUUUCUGGUUUAUAUUAACAUUCAUGUUCAAUGUUCCAGUUGUAAAGAAUGGCAAUUCAAGUAAGUGUAACUUAGUCCCGUUAAGGAAAUUUUAAUAAUUUUGUGUGGUUUUAUUUCCUGCCCCGGAGCAGUAUCCAUGUUUGACUAGCUUCUUUCAAUCAAUGAUAUGAAUGUUUGAUGGUUUUGUGA